AUGGCCCUGAAAACUGAACUGCAGAUGUAUCUUCUUACCCAUGAUGCUCCACCCAGUGCAAAGCAGGAGACGGGGGCCCCUCCCACUGCUCGUCUGUGUCGCUCCCCCUGCCUCUCCUCACAGCUAGCAGGAACUAGACUGACUAGCCUGAGGAUUAGGAGGAUGGGAGGACAGUUAGCGGUGCUUCCAGAUCUCUGCACCACAAUGCCUGUGGCAGAAGAGGAAAAGAACCAGAGAUUAUCAGAAUCAAAAGCAAAAAGUUGUGUCAUGUUCAUCUUUGUAUCCAAAAAGCAGUGCUGCCACGUGUUAGAUGUUCAGCAUAGAUGUGUUGAGUCAAUGAUUGAACAAAUGAGUACACCAAAAUUCUGCCUAUUGUGUGUGUGCAACAUUGACUGUUCGCAAACCAACUUCAAUCCCCUCUGUGCUUCUGAUGGGAAAUCUUAUGAUAAUGCAUGUCAAAUCAAAGAAGCAUCAUGUCAGAAACAGGAGAAAAUUGAAGUCAUGUCAUUGGGUCGAUGUCAAGAUAACGCAACUACAACUAUUAAAUCCGAAGAUGGGCAUUAUGCAAGAACAGAUUAUGCAGAGAAUGCUAACAAGUUAGAAGAAAGUGCCAGAGAACACCACAUCCCCUGCCCAGAACAUUACAAUGGCUUCUGCAUGCAUGGAAAGUGUGAGCAUUCUAUCAAUAUGCAAGAGCCAUCCUGCAGGUGUGAUGCUGGUUAUACUGGACAACACUGUGAAAAAAAGGACUACAGUGUACUGUACGUUGUUCCCGGCCCUGUUCGGUUUCAGUACGUCUUAAUUGCAGCUGUGAUUGGAACAAUUCAGAUUGCUGUCAUCUGUGUGGUGGUCCUCUGCAUCACCAGGAAAUGCCCCAGAAGCAACAGAAUUCACAGACAGAAGCAAAAUACAGGGCACUACAGUUCAGACAACACAACAAGAGCAUCCACGAGGUUAAUCUAAAGGGAGCAUGUUGCGCAGUGGCCGGACUUCCGGGAGCUUGGACUACCCAAUACAGUAUUAUAGACAAAAGAAUAAGACAAGAGAUCUACACAUGUUGCCUUGCAUUUGUGGUAAUCUACACCAAUGAAAACAUGUACUACAGCUAUAUUUGAUUAUGUAUGGAUAUAUUUGAAAUAGUAUACAUUGUCUUGAUGUUUUUUCUGUAAUGUAAAUAAACUAUUUAUAUCACACAAUAUAGUUUUUUCUUUCCCAUGUAUUUGUUAUAUAUAAUAAAUACUCAGUGAUGAGAAAAAAUUGGCAUUCUUAAAUUUGCUGUAUCUCAUAAGUAUAAGUAUGAUCAAGCUAGCACAAUCUGUACAGGUACCAGUAUUUCAUCUGGCUUCACAUCUUGAGACAGAACAUUAGUUUAUACAGGACUCAGUGGCUAGGGUUUGAGUGAUUCCAAGAGCAAGGGAAAUGAUGGUUAUUGGAAAAGAGAAAAAAUAAUCUAUAUCAAGUGAGGAUAAAAUAUUUCAGAUCUUUGAAUCACCUCUAUUUCAUCAACUUCCUUCCCUGGUCUUCCAUUUUCAUCCCCAGAGCAGAAAAAUCUCUGGCAUAUAAAUUAAAUCAAAGAAGAAGGAAAGGGAAAGCGUUUAUAACUCAUAAAAAAGAGGGAAAGAAGUGUUUUUUAUUUUGGAAGCAUCUUAGAACCUCCUGGUUAAGUGCAUUAUAUCUGAAGGGUCCUGAACAAGUUAUGUAUUAGAAGUACAUGGAGCACAAAAUCUCUCCCAUUUAGGUGAGUGGGAUUAACAAAUAGGGGAAAAAUUUAGUAACAUAUUUAAAUGUGAAACACCAAAAUCAUGGAUUCUCAGAAGCACCUUGCUGUAUUUAUAGUAUGUAGCUCUUUGAAAAGAAUUUAGAGUCAUAACCAAACACCAUGAAUCGCUUUAUGGCUAAUGCAGCACCAUUAUUUGAGAUGGAAUGAAGAUGAUGAUAAUAUUUCAUGAAAACAAAGAGACAUGUUUGAAGUGUAUUUAUA